AUGACUGAUGAAUUGCUUUGCCUCACGAAAACAACUCUGUUUUUCUAUCAACGCCUCCGCAUGAAUGUAUUGGGUGUGUCUUACAGCAAGGCAUCGGGCAUCAAAUUAUGGUGCAGCAAUAUUCAAAAGCUGCACAAUGCUACAACAAAUGAAGCAAACAAACUCAGCACAACCUCAAUCAAGUUGGAUGUCUCCUCACUUUUACCCAAAACUAUCAGCUCAACUGCCUGCACACCGGUCUCAAAACAUACUAAGAAAACCAUUUCCUCAAAAUUGACUUCAAAUGUGGUGGGGACCACUUUGAGUGGGGAUACUGGUGUCAGAUAUAAGGCAGGUGGGUUUGAGGACGAAGUUGAAAUAGAAGAGUAUGUAGAGGCUAUCAAGGGCAAGCAUACAAUAAGUGCGAACCUGGUUAAAGUUAAGGAUGGUAUUAACCCUCCCUCGAAGUGUGUCAAAAUGGAACAUCCAACAAAAAUAACCAACUCCGACUUACCAGAGGGUUGUAUGGAAGGAGGCCGCUGGCGCAACAUCCUUAUCACGAUGUACGAGAAAUAG